AUGUAUCUACAGGAGUCAGAGGCCUUCUUAUUCAACACCCUAAAGAAUCAAUGUUUUCAAGGCAGCGACACUACGCUCACUCCCAAACCAGAGCUGUUAUCGACAAUACCUUAUGUUUACUUGCUUCCGAAAAGACCGGCCCGAUUCUAUGGCCGAGCGGAUGAUUUGGCCAAGAUCCGUCAGAAGUUAAGUGUGCUCAAAAGCGUCACGGUGAGUGGAAAAGCAGGAGUGGGCAAAACGUCCAUUGCACUUCAGUACGCAUAUCAGUCACUGUCCGAAUACAAGAUCAUCCUGUGGAUGAGAAGUGCACCAACAACGGCCCUCGAUCAAGGCUGUGUGGAUGCUCUCAUUCGUUUCGGGGUCGUGAAAGACGGAACUAAGCCAGGAGUUGAUAAUCGACAGAAAUGGACAGAUUAUCUUAGCCAGGCAGCCGUUCCAUGGUUGAUUAUCUUUGAUAAUGUUGACCAAGCUGACGACCUUCAUCAACUUUGGCCUAUGGAUGGCAACGGUAAAAUUAUCAUCACAACCCGAAGCCCCAUGGUUGGAUAUGGGCUUACCGAAGGCGAAAUUCCCAUUUGUACCUUCACAGAAGAAGAAGGGCAACAGUGUAUUAUACAUCUAACGUCUUGGCCAGGAGGGGCGCCGGCAGAUCCAGACUCAGCGCGUGAGCUCAAUAAUGAACUCGGCGGUCUUCCCAUCGGCAUUGUUCAAAUGGCAGCUCUUAUGCGUUUCCAAAGAACACCAUUUAAAAAGUUCCUGUGUAGGUACAAGGAGGACAGGUUGAAGUUUCACAGCAAAGAUAUCACUGGGAUCACCGGCAUUUAUCCAGACAUCAAACCAAAGAUCGCGACGAAUUGGAAUCUGUCAUUCAACGCUUUUGAGUAUUUUCUAGAUGUUCUGCUCGACAGCGCGCCUUUGAUCAGGCAGCUAAGCUUCUCUGCGAUGCCUUCCCUCGAGAACAUAUUGGCCAACGUUUCACUGGACGCUGGCCUGACUGUGCAAUCUCCACCUGAAUUCGCCAAGCUAAUGGCCUGGUGCUCAUGGUAUUUGUUCGAAGUCGCGGAUUACACAAACUUUCGGACUGUGGUUGAAGGUGGGAUCAAGGCUUGCAAUGAAGUCCCGAAAGACCGCUUUGACGAGGUGACUUGGAGCAUGCUAAACUACAAUGCUGGGACUGUGGAAACGUCUGUGGGUAGGUUCGAUGAGGCCAAGCUGUAUUUGGACCGCGCAUUGGAAGUUCGCAGAAGGUUGGGAAACAGUGAUGACAUCGCCGCUGUAUUGAACAACCUAGGACUUCUCCAUAACUCGACUCACGAUUACGAAGUUGCUAAAAGGUAUUAUUCGGAGGCACUAGAGAUUCAUCUUGGCAGGCCCGACUCCCAAGAUCGCAACCUUUCACUAAACAUGGUCAAGCAUAACAUGCAGCGUAAUGCAAUUCAAGAAGGGCGGUCCUUGCCCUCGAUCGAAGAUCUUCAGGGUACUGUGACAUUCUUCAAGUCUACACCUAGUUGGUGGAUGACAGGGCACGCCUGCCUGGUCUUGGGAAACCUGCUCUACAAGAGAGAAGAAUACAAAGCUGCCGAGAAGACCUUCGUCGAAGCGAGAGACAUUUUGACUGCACCAGGCCGAGCUGGAAAGCAACCUGCAGUCGCAAUGGUUAUAUACAAGUUGGGAUGUGCGGCAUUUCGGCAAGGAGACUACAACAAAGCUGCACAACAUUUUCGGCAAUCCCUCGCGAUAUCAGCGAUUUAUCCAGAUAUCCCUGCAGAACAGGCGCGCACACAAUUCAUGCUGGCUAAGGUACUAAGGCUUGGCGCACAAUCACUCGGGUUGAAUGAAGAAGCACAGGCUUUGAAUAAGGUCGACAGCUUGAUGGUUUUAUAUCACAAGUCGAAUGGGAGAUCGAGUUCUAAGAAAUACUUGACGGAUACGGACUUUCACACUUUUAUCACAGCGAAGUACCAGUGA